AUGGGAAACACUCGGGGUGAGUUCACUGUGAAGAGUGCUUACCAUAUUGCCUGCUGUAUGAUUGAAGGAAAAGAUGACGUUGGUAGCUGCAAGGGGGAUUCUCUUAAGCCCCUUUGGAAGAGACUGUGGCACCUCAACCUUCUUGCAAAGAUUAAAAUCUUUACUUGGAGGGCCUGCAUUAAUGGGCUGCCAUCAAGGGAAAAUUUGUGUGCCAGAGGUAUCAACACAGCUAAAGACUGCCUAAUUUGUAACAAGGAGCUGGAAUCUGUUCACCAUGUUUUGCUUCACUGCGAGUUUGCUAUCCGGGUUUGGAGCUUUUGGGCUGAUGGUGUGCAAUGGAUCCAAAGAAACAAUUGGACCUUUCCGGAUUCAGCUAUGUACAUUCUUGCACACAAGUCCCCUCAUGUUUGGCAGAUGACUAGAAAUACCAUAGAAGAUUUCACUGAUGCAGCUUAUACAGACCUUUCCUCCUCUAGACCUCCUCUUUCUAGCUGUUGGUCGCCUCCUCCUCCUAGUGUAUUCAAAAUAAAUGUGGAUGGGGCUUCAUCAGACCUUGAAGGAAUUUCUAGCAUUGGAGUCAUCAUUAGAGAUUGCAAGGGUGAAACAGUUGCUGCACUUUGCAAACCCCUUCAGUCCCAUUACCCGACGGAAUUAGUGGAAAUCAUUGCCUUGGAGCAAGGUAUCUUGCUAGCUCAAGAGUUGCAUCUUCCUUGUGUGUUGUGUGAAAGUGACGCUUCUAAUGUGGUCAAUGCAAUCAAUGACUCUGCUACUGGGACUCCGUUUGGACACAUCAUACAGGAUAUUAUUCAAGCCCAAGCCUCCUUUGCUUUCUGCACUUUCAGAUUCCUUAGCCAGGCCUUCAACUAUACAGCCCAUGAACUCGCUCAGUUUGCUCAUAGGACUGGUUAA